CACUGACGGCCAAUUGUGUCUUCAAUUAACGUGCAUGUUUUUGGGAGGUGGGACGAAGCUGGAGUACAUGAAGAAAAGUGGAGUUGACCACCAUGCUUUCCAUUUGAUAGUCAUAAAAAAAUUUAUGAAAAAAUAUUAACAUGUCAUCACUGGAGACUUUCUUACAAUAAAAGGAAACAAAAAAUGAGAUAAAGAAUCUGUACAAAGUCGAUCUUUUCACAAGUUCUGUACCUAACACAUUUUUUUCGGGCACCGUUCGACCAGAAUAGUUUCAUCUCCCUCUGAGGUUCUGGUGCAAUGAGUGGGCCUACAUUAAUCUUUCAGAAGCGCCUAAAGCCAACUGGCACUCAUCAUACAUAAUGUAAUAGCUCAUCAUUUUGCCCAUCUGCUAAAAAUUGUACUUCACACUGCACAUCGAAUACAUUCUAGAUCAGUGUGUGAAUGACUCGAGGUUCUGGUUAAAUGACCACCAAACGUCUGGCCUGACCUGGCAGUGGGCAAUACGCACACAUGCACGCACGCACGCUCAGUAGUAGAAUUAAAGUGGAACUUAUAAUGAUUUCAAAACUAAUUUCCCCAAAGAAAAUCAUGGAAUGCUCAGCAUAAAACUGCAGUUAAGUCAUAUUUUAACUGCCACACAAGUGUGGAGAAGAAGAAAAAAAUACACUAAGCACUUUUGAUAAGUUAAAAACUAAGCGUAUUUAAUUACGAAUAACAAAGGCAUAAUGAGAUGAGGUAUGCAUUUGAUUGCAUAACAUCCUUAGAAGUUAACCAAUGUAAAUUAGAAAAAGUUUGAUAAUUGUCAGUACAUUAUAAGAUAUGCAACCAACCGUCCAAUAAAACAUACACAAAAAACACCAUCACAUUAAAGUCUACAGAAGAACAGUAUUGCAUUAGUGUUUUUGCAUGGCAUCAAGUGAAAAAAGCAUGUUAUUGGAAGAAUUUCAGAGAACAUGCAAACUCCACACAACAAAGGGCUUGAACCGAGAUUCAAACCCAGAACCAUUCAACUGUGAGGCAGAAUUACUAACCACCAGCGCACCUUACUGCACUGCAUUAAUCUUCACGUACCAUAUUAUCAAAUGUAAUUAGCGAUGUUCCUGUCUUGUUCUUUUUGUCCAAGUCACGUGGUCAGCUGCAACUGUCCGUCCUUGACUGUGCAGAGUGUGGGACUUGUUUGCAUAAUAAGUAAUGAUUAUAUUGGGAAUGAGCUCCCUGAAUGACUCAGUGGUUUUGCACAUCCUGCAGCCUGACUGACACUCAUCCACAUUCAAGCAUCAGCACAACAUAAUGAAGGUGUGUGGUGCAGUUGUCUUCUUCUUGGCCUAUUUUGGCUGUGUUACUUCAGCAUGCCCAGCGCUUUGCCAAUGCUACCCAAGGAGAGCAGAGGUGGUCUGCAAUGAGGUUCCCCUGACAGCAUUCCCCUCCGAAGGUCUCCCCAAGAACACCAGCACCCUCACCAUCCAAUUCACCAACAUCACGUCCAUCUCCGAGCAGGAUCUCAAUGCAGUGCCCCAGCUGAAAGAGCUCCACCUGUUCAGCAACCAUCUAAAGAACCUCUCCUCGCACCUCCUCAGGGGUGUCCCUCACCUCACCACUUUGGACCUCACGGGCAACCAGCUGAGCCACUUGCCUCUGGAUGUCUUCAGCCACGCCCCGCUUCAAAUCUUGGUCCUCAAGAACAACCUGAUUGAGAAAGUGGAUGCCACGUGGCUUCCCGAUAACUCCAACCUGACCUGGUUGGACUUCUCUGGGAAUCGUUUGACAAACGUCCCUGUGGAUUUUCUCCACAAGAUGCCGCACCUGGAGAACCUCGACCUCUCCAACAAUCAUCUGGAGAAGAUCUUGGCGAAGUCUUUGGAUCCGCUCACCAAGCUCGAUCGCCUGAAUCUGCGUUACAACAAACUGGACAGUCUGGAUCCUUCUUUACUCAGUAGCACCAGGAACCUCACCUACUUGUUCCUCUCUAAGAACAGGCUCAGCCAAAUUCCCCAGAACAUUUUUCAGGAGCUCACUCAGCUCAAACAUCUCAGUCUGGACGACAACCAGCUUAACAGUGUCCCCUCAGGACUGCUCGACCAUCUGAAUGCUCUGGAGGACGAAGGGCUGGACCUGACCGCCAACCCGUGGGUGUGCGACGGGAAAAUGGAGUACCUAUUUGGGUGGCUCCAGAAGAACCAGAACAAGGCCUUCCUCCCGGAGACCAUCACUUGUUCUGGUCCUCAGUCUUUGAAGAGUCGCUCGGUGAUGUCACUCACAGAGACUGAACUAAAGAUUUGAGUAAAGGAUUUAAAAUAAAAAACUUGUCUUUUCUCA